AGCGGAUUAAUGUAGUAGAAACCUCCGUUACCCUUACCGUUUCUAUGCCCAUCGGCCAUCAUCGAUCAUGACGAUACUCAUACUUCUCCAUUUUUUCUUUAAUCGGACGAGACCAGCAUGGCUCUUUCUUCUUCCCGUGACGUUGACAUGCGAGAUGAAUGCAAAGGUUGCCUUGUCGCACCGGAUUGUACGUAGACGAGGCCGCAAUAUCCUUGCAGCGACUCCGACUUCAGUAGCGCCAGAUAUUGCUAAGAAAGCGGGUCAUAGUAGCAGGAGCAGCUCUCCUGCUAAAACAGGGGACGCCCAGGGCAGCAGCAGCACUAAGAAGAGCAGAACGUCUAAGUCUUCGCUGCUAUCCGCCGGUAGAGCAGCACGACGCAACUUUGACAGUCCAGCAAGUGUCGCCGAUUUUCCAUCCUAUCUUUUGCUUGCACGUGGUGCCUCCAGCUCCAGCAAUAAAAGAGCGAACGAACAUAUGGAGGAGGAGGAGGAGGAGCACAAAGAGGCGAGCAUCCUGCUUCAAAGGGCCACAUUGAGACGUGAAGAUGAACGGCACAGGCGUGUGGAGGAAUCAAGUCGUACCUCAUCGUAUAGAAACUCCAGAAUCGGCGAAAAUAGGGAGACGAGAGUCCACCAGCCUCCCACAGAAGAUGACUCCUCAAGAUUAAGCGGAGGUCCACCAAUGGUCGUGCCGAUAAAAAUGCGUUGUGUGGAUCGCGUUGUAGAUCGGACUCUUGACGGAAACACCAACAAUGACAAAAAGUUACCCAACGGGGGGCGAAAGCUGGUAGAGUGCGGCCUCCGGGAGGUGUGCAACAAGUCCGCACUGACGGCAAAACAGUGCUUCGACGACGGUUUUGUCGCCUUCAACAAAGCGAAGACCUGCUGCUGCUGGGGGGACGGCGCUACUUACCUCUGCGACGAGCAAAUGACGACCAGUACGUCCACGAGUACUAUGGGUGGAAGUAGGAAUGUGAUCGAAUUCGAACUUCUGCAACCAAAGCUACUUCCUGGUGCAUCAAGUACUUCUAGUAGCGCAGCAUCGUCUGGGACGGGCCCGGGCGGGACGCAGGCGGGUAGUACUAUAGCGGAUGUCCAGCGUGGACGAGAAUCCACGCCAAGCCAGAGCUCCGGUACAACGGACGGCGCAGAGAACAGGAACUCCACUCCUGCUCAGGCUUACUACGGCGACGGCAUGGGUGUUGCACCCGGUCAAGAACAAAGUCAUAAUGAAAAUGAGUGUCCGCUGUGGGCGAUUGUUGUGUCCGCUUGUACGCUCGUACUCGUUGCGUCCCUCGGUUUGUACUUGGCGUGGGAGGGGAUGAAGGAACAGAUGUACCUGAUGGGGCAACAAGCGGAAGGAGAGGAAGAUUACCUCGGAAGUAAAAACAUGAACGGCAAGAAAAAUCUCCAGCACCUGCUCCUCCAGCCGGAACCGGAGCCACCCCCGCAGCCACCUUUGGGGCUCGCCGUGGCAAGAGGACCGCGAGAGGAUCAUCAUCUGCAAGGUGGGAAUUUGCUUUCGUCGUCUUCCCAGGAUGUUCUUUCAUCAAGCGGGGUUCCUCGUGCGAAUGAAAUAACUAGUGGAGCACGACCAUAUUCUAAUGAUGUUUCCUCCGGCACCACCACCAGCUACCUCGGGUCCGUGCAGUCGGCCCGGUUCGGCGAGUCUUACGCGAGCAGUGGGCUUUUACAUUCACAGAAAAGUGCCGCUGGAUUUUCAGGUACCGGAGGUGCGUCGACGUCUGUUUUUCAAGAUGGAUCGUCCAUUGCAUCUUUGGGGGCGGGUACUAUACUUUCUGGUGGUGCAACUACAUCUCCGACACGACCGGCUAUACCGCAACUUAGUAACCUUCCCCAGACUUCUGGUUCGUCAAGCUCAUCAUCAUCGUCGUCUGUCGGCCGGGAUUCGCCCCGGUGGAUUGCGGCACGAGAAAGGGCAGCGGCUGCCGCGAAAGCAAAAGCGGCGCUGCGAAGCGCAAUGUCGCGGCCACCCGUCCCCGAGGAGUCGUGAGCAAUGGCGGCAAUUUUGAUAUAUCACGCUUUUCUUGUUGCCGUUCGAAAAUGAUUUCUGUGCGCUAGAAGUCGUGAUAGGUCGCAUAGGAUUUGACAGUAUCAAACUCAUCUUCGAUUUUGAUCAUGUCCUCC